GCGUGCUUUUCCACAUUUAAAUGCUGAUGUUUUGUUGCGUGAACGUGGUGGGGAACUUCAAUUCAUUUUCAACUCAACAUAGGAAGACUUUAAGUAUUGAACAUGGGAUCCAGUGAGAGCAAGAUUGCCGUGGAGCCUAAAGAGGCUUCCACGCCCAAACCAGAUCCUACCCAGAUCCAGCGUCUGAGAAAUGAACGGGUCAAUCGACCACUUGACCCACGUUCGCCGUCCACGAACAUUGAUCGCACACCCAUACAGAUUGGUGGUUCUGUAAUCCGUACUUCAAUUGAGGAUCGUGUGUGUACCUUGUCCACCAGUGACCCGCGUUCACCUUCAGUUGUUUUUACCCGCACUCCAAUAAAAGGGACUGUUGGUUCCUUGGCUCGUCGCCUGGGUAUGCUCUUCCUCGGAGACUCUCUACCCUCCAAGCCCUCUGCACCGUCCAACCUCAAGGUGGAAGAGGUGGAGGUGCUGGGAGAUGGAGAGCAAGGUUCCAGUGAGGCCCUUCUUACCUCCCAGGCCACCAGGACUGAUGACUCCUCCAGCCCUGUGCUGCCUUCUCUUCAGAGUGUGUGUAGUGACACCCCGUUAGUUCAAAGCCACUUAGUCCACCUAGCAGAUGCCGAGGCAGAUGCAGAGAUGGAGGCCGACUUCACGUACGAGGAAGCGGAAGAAGCCAGGGAGUCUCCUCUCCACAAGAGGCUGAGCAUGAGUUUGAUAACCUGCCUCGAAGGCACCGUCCCAGCCCAGGUCUUUGCCGAUGUCCACCACGCCUAUCCUCCUUCUCCUCUGUCUUAUGCUGACACCAAAUCACACACAGACGGACCUGAGCACUCGUAUGCCCUCCCGUCCAUCACCUUUGACCUCAUGAGCCAUGUGACCCCUAGCCAACAUACUGUUGUAGUGGUUGCAAAUGUUACUCAAGGGCCUGAGGAACUGGUGGAGGCGGAGCAUGUAGAAGUUGCCCCAGUGGAGGCAGAGCAUGUAGAAGUUGCCCCAGUGGAGGCAGAGCAUGUAGACGUUGCCCCAGUGGAGGCAGAGCAUGUAGAAGUUGCCCCAGUGGAGGCAGAGCCAGUAGACGUUGCCCCGGUGGAGGCAGAGCCUGUAGAAGUUGCCCCAGUGGAGGCGGAUCCUGUAGAAGUUGUCCCAGUGGAGGCGGAGCCUGUAGGAGUGGUCUUGGUGGAGGCAGAGCCUGUAGAAGUUGCCUCAGUGGAGGCGGAGCCUGUAGAAGUUGUCUCAGUGGAGGCGGAGCCUGUAGAAGUUGUCUCAGUGGAGGCGGAGCCUGUAGAAGUGACGUCGGUAGAGGCGGAGCCAAUUGAGGGGACCCAAGCUAGUAGUCCAAGCCCAGGCUUGACCUUGCAGCCUCAAACUGGGAUCCGCUGUCCCGUCUUUGACGCCAAGAGCCCUAGUCAGGUUGUGUUCAAGCCCCAGUGGUUGGGUAAAGGGUUUGGGACCGCAGGAGUCCGAGCCAGAGGGAGAGGAGGAAAGGGGGCUUCGUCUUCCUCCCCCCUCUCGGUUCGCGUGGCAACCAAGAAGGCAGCCAAUGAGAACAGGGCAUCAUCCAAGCAGAAGCAGAGAGGCAAGACACUGGCUGAAGGACGCUCCCCACUGCAAAUCCUUAAGGCGACCAACUCUCCCAGGGACCAUCAUUCACAGACCAAGUUAAAGGUGUCUACCCCAGACAGGCAGAGACCUAGCCACCUGGACCGCAGGGUCCUGACCACGACCAUGACCAUGGAUAAGGAGAACAGAUAGACAUCGCGUAUUUGUUGAGAAACCUGCCAUUCUUUUCCGUCUAAACAUUUAACUCUAAAAAUUAUUUUUCCUGUCUUCACUUUUAACUCUUGAAAAAUUAUUUUUAUGUAUAACAGCCUUUUGUGAAAGCUGUUGAGAUGUAUUUUUGUGUACAUGAAUUGUGAGUUGUUUUUAUGCAAAUAUCCAUAUGGUCUUCCUAUCAGGGUUUUGUUUUAUGUAAAUACAAAUAAAUAUUUGAUUUUC